ACUCCGGCGUAGUUUUGCCGCAAUAUGCUGUAAUUCAAAGAAGAAAAGACAAGCAACGCAAUAAUCCCAUUCACCUUCCUUUCCACUUCCGUCGGGAAAAGUUUGGUCUGCCAACAUCCAUAACUGAUUGAUUCCAGUGAUAUCGGCUGACUGAAUGCUCUGGAUCUAAUUUUGCUGCCAAUUGGGACUCACUCUACAUAAUUGUUCAAAUUCAAGAGGGAUUGGCAUUUGAAAUGAUAAAGAGUUGGGUUUUGCCUUGCAAGGCAUUGAAGUUUCCCUCAUCAAAUUUCGAAGGAUCCAACCAGUUUCGGUGCAAAGGAGCCAAGAUGGAGCUCACUAUAACUCGCCCUGAUGAUUGGCACCUUCACCUUCGUGACGGUGAACUUCUGCAGGCGGUAGUCCCGCACAGUGCAAGUCAUUUUGGAAGAGCAAUUGUGAUGCCUAAUCUGAAACCUCCCAUCACCACCACAGCUGCAGCUGUGGCUUAUCGAGAAUCCAUCUUGAAAGCAAUGCCUGCCGGUAGUGACUUCACACCACUUAUGACCCUUUAUUUGACUGAUACCACAGAACCUAACGAGAUCAAGCUCGCAAGAAGAAGUGGGGUUGUUUAUGCUGUGAAGUUGUACCCUGCUGGUGCCACAACAAACUCUCAAGAUGGGGUUACAGAUCUCUUUGGAAGAUGCCUACCUGUCCUUGAGGAGAUGGCUGAACUUAAUAUACCUCUGCUGGUUCAUGGGGAGGUUACAGAUCCUGAUGUUGAUGUAUUUGAUCGUGAAAGGGUCUUCAUUGACACUGUUUUAAGACCAUUAAUCCAAAGGCUUCCAAAGCUAAAGGUCGUGAUGGAGCAUAUUACUACCAUGGAUGCGGCUAAGUUUGUAGAGUCUUGUGAAGAAGGUUCUGUAGCAGCAACUGUUACUCCACAACAUCUUCUUCUGAAUAGAAACUCCCUUUUCCAAGGAGGAUUGCAGCCUCAUAAUUACUGUUUACCUGUACUCAAAAGAGAAAUUCACAGACAGGCUAUUGUGUCUGCUGUUACUAGUGGAAGUAAAAGAUUUUUCAUUGGAACUGAUAGCGCUCCUCAUGAGAGACGUAGAAAAGAAAGUGCUUGUGGAUGUGCUGGUAUAUACAGUGCUCCUGUUGCUUUAUCAUUAUACGCCAAGGUCUUUGAAGAGGCAGGUGCUAUUGACAAGCUAGAAGCCUUUGUAAGCUUUAAUGGCCCAGACUUCUAUGGGCUUCCUCGAAACACGUCGAAGAUAAAGCUGAGCAAGAAUUCAUUUAAGGUACCUGAUUGUUUCUCUUUUCCGUUUGGAGACAUUGUUCCGAUGUUUGCUGGAGAAACACUUGAAUGGCAGUCAUCCAUCAACUGAUUUAUCUGACAAGCCAUGCCGUUGAAAUUUCGGAUGUUAAUUAUUCAUCUUUGUACUAACUUGUACUCCUGCAGUGCUGGGAUUUGGAACUAGAUACUGAACCAGCAUAGGAUGUGAGGUUUUAACGUAAAACUGAUAACGCGUAUUAAAUGUUUGACACAUCUUCAGAUUCUGCAGAUUGCCACUGCAUUCCCAUUCAAUAAAUGAAGUCCGGAACCAUUUCUGGAGAAAUUUCAUUCA